UGCUCACUAAAUACCUAUCCUUACCGUACCGCCUCCCCGCCUGCUUUGGGUGAACCCAGAGGAGGAUUCUGCUACGUAGCUGCAUCACCAAAGAAUUAAGCUGGUCUCAGGCCUCAGGGGAGGGGUUUCUUGGCCUGGGGCCUGGUGAACAGCUUCUUCUGGUCCUGGGGAGCUCUGAGGCAGAUGUCCCCUCUGAUCAGCACCAAGGGGCAGGGUAGUGACUUCGAGGGCUCAGAACCACUGUAAUAUUUCUAUGUCACUUACUGCCACCUGGGGGGGGGGGUCUCCCUAGAGCCCAAGAGUGCCCUGAGAGCCUGGCAUCCUGGUCUGGAGACACCAGGGCCUAGGAAACCCCAACCUAGAGCCUCUCUGGAGGUGCUGUCAGCCUUGGAGGCGGAGACCAUUCGCCAGUGCCCGCCUUGCCCAAAAUAGGGCAGGGCCCCUUUAAGCCUUGUUUCAUUCCUUCAGUUUGUUGCUAUGUAUGAGACCAACUUCCUUAGCAACCACCUGGUCUUUAAAGGAGUCCUGAGGUAGCGGUGGCUACCAGCCAUGGCUCCCAAAAAGAAGGCAAAGAAGGGGGCAAAGGAGCUCGAGGCCAAGAAGAAAAGUGCCAAGAAGGAGCCCAACGUGGUCAUGGAUAUGGUUUUGGCCGAGGAGCUACGGGAGUUCUACCACAUCCAGAUCCGAGACCUGGAGGACAGGCUGGCCCGGUACCAGCACAAGUGGGAUGAGCUGGCCGUGCAGGAGAAGCUGUUCCGCCAGGAGUAUGAGCAGCUGGCCAGCAAUAAGAAGGAGAUUGUGGCCUUCCUCAAGCGGACGCUCAACCAGCGGGUGGAUGAGAUCGCCGACCUCAACGAGCAGCUGCAAAGCCUGCAGCUGGCCAAGGAGAUGGAGAAGGACGCCUUUGAAGCCCAGUUAGCUCAGGUGCGCCAUGAGUUCCAGGAGACCAAGGACCAGCUCACCACGGAGAACAUCAUCAUUGGGGGGAAGCUGGCAGCCCUGGAGGAGUUCCGGCAGCAGAAAGAGGAUCUUUCGGAGAAGUUCACAUUGCUGGAGGACCAGCUGCAGAAGCAGGAGUACGAAUACAAGGACUACAUGUACAACCUGGAGAAGAAGUCGGUGCUGGACAGGGACAGAGUGAAGAAGGAAAUCAUUCAGCGUGUGAACCAGGUGGCCACUGACUUCCACAAGAUGGCCACUACCCAGAUGUGGGACACAACGAAGCAGGCCAUCCUGGAGAACAACACUGUGACCCUGCAGCUGUCCAGGGUCUCCCAGCAUGGCAUGCAGCUGCUGCGGGAGAAUGACCAGCUCAAGAGCAACCAAGACAAGCUGUGCAAAGAGCUGGAGCUACUGCAGAACACCAAGCAGGCCAUGGCCAAGCACAGCAGAAACCACCAUAAGGUCAUCCUCAUGCUGACUGAGAAGUGCCACAAGCAGCAGGAGGGCAAAGCGGAGGCUGAUCAGCUGCGCUUCCUGCUGCGCGAACUGGAGCAGAAAGUCCUGCAGCUGCAGAAGGAGAAAGAGGCACUGAGGAGCCAGAAAGCCCAGCUGAGCCAGCAGCUGGAGCGUCAGCACACCGAGGAGAAGCGGCUGCAGCAUGAGCUGGCCAAAGAGCAGAAGAUGCGGGCAAGCCUGGCGACGACCCUGACCCAUACCACCAGCUUCCUACAGAACAUUCUGCAGCACCUGCAACCAGAGGAAGAGGACGGCAACUACGAGAUAGUGUUCCAGUUGCACUGCAAGGAGAUUCUGCGGCAGCUGCUGGCCAUGCUCAGCUCAGCCGUGGUCCUAAGCCCCCCGAUGAUUGUGGGUCCCCAACAUCAUAGCCACCCCGACAGCCAGUCUAGCAUCUCGCUACCUAAGACUGGGUCAAUGCUCCAACGGCUGUCCGACCUCCAGACCUCCCAGCUGGCAGACCUGGGCCUGGUGCCUCGACAGGUCCGCAUCUCACCCAACCCUGAGGACCUCCGGCUGCUCUCACACUUCACUCGGAUGAGAUCAUUCCAGACACUCAGCAGCACUGAGAUCCAAACCUCGGAGACUUCAAAAAAGAUAAAAAAGUUUAGUCUUCCUGAAGUUUCCCUGUUUUCCAAGUAAGACACAGAGAGACGAC